AUCUUGCGACAAUGUGGGACGACCACCUGUCCUACCUGCUGUCCUCAGCUCUGUCAGCCUAUGAGCUGGAACGCUGCACCGGUGUCUCCUGCGGCAACGAGGAGUUCCAGGACGCCGUGAGGAGGGCCGUGCCAGACGGACACACUUUCAAAGGCUUCCCUAUACACUUUCUUCACCGUAACGCUCGUCGGGCCUUUGCCACCUGCCUCAGGUCCCCCUUCUGUGAGGAGAUAGUGUGUUGUCGUGGCGAUCACGUGAGGCUGGCUGUCCGCGUUCGGGUGUUCGUUUAUCCCGAGAACGCGUGCGCAGUGUGGAUCAUGUUUGCCUGUAAAUACCGUUCUGUACUCUGACCAGCAGAUGGAUGGCGCCCAGGAAACCCCGCCCUGUGUUGCACUUUGACCCCACACUGGAUUUUAGGACACCACAGGAACACACCGGGACUCACAAUGAGACUAAAUUGAUAUUAAGCUCCACUAUUGCACAGACAUGUUUGUGGCUCUGCUUUGAUGGUCGGGCCUUUAUUUUGUAGUGGACUCAUUUGUACAGACAUUUACAUUAUUUAUUUUUGCAAAUAAACCCAACUUUGCUUA